GGGCACGUUCGGGGCAGAGGAGGCAGAGAGAUCCAUUCUCGCAGCCUCCUCUCUUUGGCCUCGAGCUGCCCUCUCCGCUCGCCCCCCAUUAUUAGUCCCGACGGCCGAGCGCGCGGCCCCAAUGAGCCCUUUGGAACGGAACGGAACGAAAAGAAGGAGCGAAUUGCAGCUGUGACGUGGGCGUUGUUGUUCCAUUCACCGAGUUCGCCAUGGCAACGGGGCAGAGGCCCUGGAAGCACGCAGCCCCUCUCUUUGGACAGCAUCCUGAGGGCAGAGAGGCAGCUGGAAGUUUCUCCUCCUGAUCACUGCUUACUGUUUCAUGGCGCAAAAAGAUAUCAAAUAUUCUACUUCAGGUGCAUUCAAAUUUGACUGAGUUAAGGUUUGGCAGUUUUGAGUAUUUGGACCAAGAAAGUUAUGGCAAUGAGCGCAUAAAUGUGUUAGCUCCUAUAUCAAUUAACGUUCAAAUCUGCAUAGCUUCAUGCAACUUUUACGAACUGGUUUCACGCACGAGACCAAUAAACGUGACCCAGUGGCCCAGAUCAAUGUUGAGAAGGAACUUUCAAAAUGAAUAGGACUACUUUUUUUCCUUUUUCUCAAGCUAAGUCUUUUCUGUGUUUACACUCUUCGGCUCCAUCUCCCUCCACUUUGUACUCAUGCAUGCUGCAGGACUGCUUGUAUUGUUGGGCAGAGUGAUUGGGGUUUCUGUACAAUCUCCCGUGACCAAUGAGCGGGGUGCUGUCAGGGGUAACCACAUCUGUCAACCGUUCUUGGCCAAUAAAGAGCGGAGCGAGGCGGACCACAGGUGCGCGCCUCUGCGUCCCCUUGGCACAGCGCCCGGGAGAUGCUGGAGAGAGACGCCUAGCUGCCCCGUGGCGCAAAAGAGUAACUGUCAAAGGCAGCCUCCUUUUAACUCCAGCUAUCACUCUGGCUCCGAUAGUUAUGGCGACCGCAACAUCUAACCACUACAGCGUCCUCACCACCCCCAGCAGCGCGCCGCCGCCACACUCGGAGUCCGGGAGCAUGCAGCAGGCGGCAGCGUACAGGGACGCGCACACCCUGCUCCAGAACGACUACAGCACGUUACCGGGCGGUGGACAUCCGCUCAGCCACGCGCACCAGUGGAUAACGGCGCUGUCUCACGGUGACAGCGGGGCGCCCUGGCCAUCUAGUCCCCUCGGAGAACAGGACGUGAAGCCCGUACUGCACGACAGUGACCGAGAGGAGCUGCAGAACUCCAGCAGUCUGCAGCAACAGCAGCAGCAACAGCGACACCCUCACCUAGCGCACCAGCAGGCGCAUCACGACGCCAGAGCAUGGCGAACCAGCACAGCCACCACGCACAUCCCCGGUAUGGCGACAUCUGAGGGCCAGAGCCUGGUGUAUUCCCAGUCCGGCUUCGGUCUGAUGCCAGGGGGAGAGCAAGGGGGGAUGCACCACCACCCUCUGCGGGACGAGGACCACCACAGCCACAGCCCGCACCUCAGCGAACACGGAGGCGGCCCUGGGGCCCACCAGCAGUCUCUGUCACACCAUCACCAGCACGGCCAGGACCACUCCGACGAGGACACGCCGACCUCCGACGAGUUGGAGCAGUUCGCCAAGCAGUUCAAACAGCGACGCAUCAAGCUGGGCUUCACCCAGGCGGACGUAGGACUGGCUCUUGGGACGCUGUAUGGAAACGUCUUUUCUCAGACCACCAUUUGCAGGUUCGAGGCGCUUCAGCUCAGCUUCAAAAAUAUGUGUAAACUCAAGCCCUUGUUGAACAAGUGGCUGGAGGAGGCGGACUCCACCUCGGGCAGCCCCACUAGUCUGGAUAAAAUCGCGGCACAGGGAAGGAAAAGGAAAAAGAGGACCUCCAUCGAAGUGGGCGUCAAAGGAGCUCUGGAGAGCCAUUUUCUCAAAUGUCCGAAACCAGGAGCAGCGGAGAUAAACUCUCUAGCGGACAGUCUGCAGCUGGAGAAGGAGGUGGUGAGGGUUUGGUUUUGUAACAGGCGGCAGAAGGAGAAGAGGAUGACACCCGCUGGGGGACAGAUACCAGGAGGAGAGGACAUGUACGGGGACACCCCUCCUCAUCACGGAGGACAAACUCCUGUGCAGUGACCCCAGUCCGUUAUUCUUAUUCUGAGCAAGACACGGACCCCUAAAGGAGGAAUAACGCCUCCUGAUGUGUUUGAUUCUCUGUGCUGGACCGCUCGGAACUGGACCUCAGCCAGUUUAAACGUUGGACCCACUGACACACACAGUGGGGAUAUACAGUGGCACUCAAGCACUAAAAAUACGCAUAGCAGAGAGCUGAAUGGAGAGGUUUCAUGCCGCGGAACUGCCAAGCAUACGGCUGGUGUGUGCUUACCAAAAAAAAAAAAAAGAAAACAGCGACAUUGAUACGAAAUGCUUUUCUUUACCUUCAACCGAGGCGCUAAUGUGUCGUUAUGUAAUGUGUCGUUAAAGAAAGACAGAGUCGGAUGUGGGCACAAGGUGUCCGCGGGAGCACGGGGGGCGGGGGCGAUGUGGGGGUGUAAAACAGCUUCGGGCUCGAUGAGAAAGUCGCAGUCAGUGUGGGUAAAUAAACGCCAUCUUUCCAUCAUAACAAAAGCAACAGGGUUCUUCGCUCGUGCAAGCAGGGCUGAAUGGCAGACACUGCUGUACAACGUAACAGUCAUGCCAAUCAACCACCUGAUUAUUUUAUUUUUUUAUUAUUAUUCUUUAUUAUUGUUAUUAUUAUUAUCUUUAUUAUUGUUUAUAAUUAUUAUUAGUAUUCAUUUAUUAUUAUCUUUUUUGUUAUUUAUCUAUUAUAGUCUAUUUUUUAUAUGCAUUUCUUUAUUAUUAGUAUUAUUAUAUUAUAAUUGUUAUACAUUCUGAUUUAAAUUGAAUGUGUAAUUGAUUGCAGUGGUCCACCUGCAUCCAUUAUUUAUUUUAUUUAAAUGUCUUCACUUGGUUUACGUGUUUUUUUACAUUCAGGCAAUAAUGAUAAUAAAAUAAUGAUAUAAUGAUAAUAAUAAUAAUAAUAAUACGGCUACCCAUACUGAGUAUGGCUUUUGUUUCUGUGCAGACAUGUCUGGGCGCCUGUUACAGUGUGUUUUUAUUUCUGUACUUUUCCAAAUGCUGGUGAGAAAGACCGAGCUGUCCGGCUGGACACUCAAAGCAAUCCAGCCCAUUUUGCUUCCUUGUACUAAAAGUUUCAAAAAAAAAAAAAAAAAAAAAGAAAGAGAGGAAAAAAAACACCUGAAUAUAUCUGGUACCAGCUCUGGCCGUAAUGGCUACACUUCUACUGUUAUUCAUCCACUGAGAAGACUAUUUGUGGGAUGUUUCUCAAAUUGUUAUUUUGUAUGGCUUCGUUUGUUUGUAUGUUUGUUUGUUUGUUUGUUUGUUUGUUUGUUUGCUCAGCUUUUCUCUGUCAGUCUGUGCCAAAGCACAAACACAGACACGUGUUCUUGUGCCACUUGAAUCCUGUGAUGAAUAACCUGACCUAACAGUGGAAGGUUAUCGAGGGAAAAUCCAGAGUACAGUUGUGGAUGAAUUCUCUGACUGAAAUCUAAAGAAAAUAUAGAAAUUCAGAAACUCAACUCCAUCUGAAGGAUGUCGAUGAAUAGAAGGAAAAAUGUUGUAUUUAAAAAA